UCUGCAAUAUUCAACUUCCAAAGCCUUCUUACGGUUAUAGUUCUUCUAAUUUGUACCUGUACGUAUGUACAUGCACUAAUGCCAGAUAUUCUUGAUCGUCACAAGACUGGAUUCACCGGGACAUUUUGGAAAUGUGCCAGAAUAGGAGAACGCAAAAGUCCUUACGUUGCAAUUUGUUGCAUUUUCUUGGCUCUUCUUAUUCUUGUCAACAGCUAA